ACGAUCAGAGGAAUGAGGAAGAUGAGCAAUGGCAUCAUCUGUUGCCAGAUGUUGUCAAGAAUGAAGACUUCAGAGGAAGCUUCAGAAAUCAAGGCAGAUGUAAGAGGCAAAAAGGAAGCCACGGGUUCGAGAGGAGGGAUAAACCCAUUGAUUGCCAAGGGAGAGAUUUACAAGAAAUAAUUCCCAUGGUGGAGGAAACAUACAAAGGCUUGGCGUGCGGAAUGAACUUCUCAGAUCAAACCCAAUAUAAUAUCCAUGUAGGAAUACACAGUGGAAAGAGGACCCAUCAAUGCCUGGAGUGUAGAAAGAGCUUCCUUUGCAGAGCAGAACUAAUCAGACAUCAAGGAACACAUGCAAGAAAGGAAUCUUAUAGCACUUCACUCUUUGGCAAGAGCUUCUCAGAGAAAUCAGAGUCUAUUCAUUCAGGAGAGAAACCAUCUGUCUCCUCAGAGGGUGGAAUGGGAGUCUCUGAUGAAAGAAAAGGUAAUGUAUAUUUUCUGAAGCACAGCGUAAUGAAGGCACAUAAAUGCUUUCAGUGUGGAAAGUACUUCAAAUACAGGUCACAGCUCCUUGUGCACCAAAGAAUCCACAGAGGGGAGAAAUCUUCUGAAUACUCAGAGAGUGGAAAGGGAUUGAGUCAGAGUGGCACUCUUGAACAGCAUCAAAGAACCUGCACAGGGGACAAACCUUAUAAAUGCUCAGCCUGUGGGAAGAGCUUCAAUGACAGUGCUUAUCUUAAACAGCAUCAAAGAAUCCACACAGGGGAGAAACCCUUUGCAUGUUCAGUGUGUGGCAAGAGAUUCAAUUGGAGUAGCGAUUGCAAGCAGCAUCUAAGAACCCACACAGGGAAGAAACCUUUUGAAUGCACAGAUUGUAGAAAGUGUUUCAGUCAUCGUAGCAAUCUUCAGAGCCAUCUAAGAACCCACACAGGGGAGAAGCCCUUUGAAUGCUCAGAGUGUGGAAAGAAAUUCAGUCAAAGUUGCAGUCUUCAAAAGCAUCAAAGAUCCCACACAGGGGAGAAGCCUUUUGAAUGCUCAGAGUGUGGGAAGAAAUUCAGCUGUAAUAGCGAUCUUCAGCGACAUCGAAGAACCCACACAGGGGAGAAGCCUUUUGAAUGCUUAGAGUGUGGGAAGAAAUUCAGUCAGAGUAACGAUCUUCAGGGGCAUCAAAGAACCCACACAGGGGAGAAGCCUUUUGAAUGCUCAGAGUGUGGGAAGAGAUUCAAUAAGAAUAGCUACCUUAAACAGCAUCUAAGAACCCACACGGGAGUGAAACCUUUUGAAUGCACAAGCUGUAAAAGGUGUUUCAGUCGUAGUAGCAAUCUUCAGCGGCAUCUAAGAACCCACACAGGGGAGAAACCUUUUAAAUGUUCAGUGUGUGGAAAGAGCUUCAAUCGGAGUAGCCAUAUUAAGCGGCAUCUAAGAACCCACCCAGGGAAGUAUUUUUUUGAAUUUUAUGGGUUUCCCCUCCCCAAUAAGCAGGACCUCUGAUUGCCCUGCCUGACCUCAUAUCUUGGUUGGAAGAAGGACUGUUUCUUCUGGGCUCUGAUGAAGAGGAGGGAUUGGCAGGUAGGGACUUCAGAUUUCUCGUCUUGGGACUGUGUGUUGCCUGUGCUUCCUUCCAAGGGCUGGUGAAUUUGUGUGGCCUUGUUUAUCCUCGCCAAUUGCCCUGAAAAGAGCUUGGGUGAAUUGUGGAUGCUGAAAUGGUGCCUGUGGUUCAUCAACGUAGGAAAAUAGGCAGUCUCCUUCUGCCUGUUCUUAUGGCCUUUAGGCUAAGUGUAGCCCAGUAUUGUCUUCUCUGGAAGGCAGAAUUUUUCAGGCCCGCACAUACCCAGGGACCUCUACUCCACACCCAGAAGAAAACUUUUGAAUGCUCAGCAUGUGGAAAGAGAUACAGUGACAGAAGCACUCUUCAACAGCACCAAAGAACCCACACAAGCAAGAAAUGAUUUGAAUGCUAAGAGUGUUUGAAGAAUCAUAGAAUCAUAUUAUCAUAGAGUUGGAAGGGACCUCCAGGGCCAUCUAGUCCAACCCCCUGCACAAUGCAGGAAACUCACAAACACCUCCCCCUAAAUUCACAGGAUCUUCAUUGCUCUCAGAUGGCCAUCUAGCCUCCAAGGAAGGAGAGCCCACCACCUCCUGAGGAAGCCUGUUCCACUGAGGAACCACUCUAGCAGUCAGGAAGUUCUUCCUGAUGUUGAGUUGGAAAAUCUUUUUGAUUUAAUUUCAACACAAAAGAUCCAUUUAUAGUAGCAAUUUUCAACAUCAUCAGAGAACCCGCACAAGUGAGAAACCUUUUGAAGGAUCGAUGUGUAGGAAGACCACCAACAAUUUUGGAACGGCAGCAACACCUUUGGGAUUAUUCUGUUGUCAACGAUCUCCGCGCAAUCACAAACCGCUAUAACAGAAAAUUAUGAAAAAAUUUUCAUUGCUGUUUGGUAUCCUUUAGUAAAUUAUCUGACUGAUCAAGGCAUUCUUCCAAGUAGAAUGAUUUACAGCAAGAUGUAUUUUUUAAUCCGAAGUAUUGAAAACAACUUUUGAGAUUUGUAACUUUAAAAUACCCAUAGUAAGUGUACUUAUGGUUUUUCAUUUCCUUAUAUAUAACUGUUUUCCUGACUGGAUAUUUUACUUGUAACUGUUUUGGAAAAAUUAAACCAAAAUAAAGAAAAAUUGUGAUUUAAAAAAA